AUGAAUUUCCUGGACGAGGACUUUUGGCUGAAGAUCACCCAGGUCCAGCACAACGUUCCUCAUGUUGUGGGCCGCGAGGUGGAGAAUUUGCCGGACUUAAUAUCGGCGAGAUCCUGGCUCGAUGAUUGUCUCGACAACCACGAUACCUGCUCAGCAGAAGGAGAAAGUAGCAAGGAGCUACCGACCCGUCUGCUCGAGAUCACUUCGGACGAAGGCGGGAACGUCGUGGAUGUGAAGCUGGUAUACUCAGCAACGCUCCCGUCAUGCACUAGAUAUGCUGCUCUCAGUCACUGCUGGGGAAAGGAGUUGCCAGCGAUUCUCACCCGUAAAGAAAAUAUCGACCAGCAUCUCAAAAGCAUCGACUUCCGUACUCUUGCUCGGAACUUCCAAGAUGCAUUGACCACGGCGUCCGGCCUCGGAUUGCGACACUUGUGGAUCGACAGCCUCUGCAUCAUCCAACAAGACAAGGAGGACUGGGAGAAGGAGUGCGUCAAGAUGGCAUCGAUAUUCCAGAACGCCAUCGUAACGAUCGCAGCGGCAGGCGCUCCGGAUGCGCAUACUGGCUUCUUGAACACACGAUCAAUCCAGUCCGGCGAAUCUUGCACUUUCAACCUCUCUGGUGAAGACGGUCAGCCCAACUUGAUCCGAGCACGGCGUGACAAGAGUCGGAAGGCAUUCUUGACAACGGAGUUCCCUCCCAUUCUCGCAACUCGUGGCUGGGUCCAUCAAGAACGCAUCCUGGCCCCGCGGACUCUUUCCUUCGGAAGCAAACAGAUGUACUUUGAAUGCCUGACGUCGCAACGCUUCGAGGAGAUACAUGUGCCACUUGGACCACGGUUUUUGGUAUCAAUAGCGAGAUCCCAAGAUCUGAAAGAAUACAACCGCUUUUACGAUCUUGUCAGAGAUUAUAGUCGACGUCGUCUGACGUACGAAGACGACCGACUUCCUGCAAUUUCUGGCCUCGCAAGUCGAUUCGAGACCUACACCAAGGAUGAGUACCUCGCCGGGCUG